UUUAAAAAUCCAAACCAUGUCUACCCCCACUGUCCCUUAUGCUCAACUUUGAUGCUAUCUUUCAAUCUACGAUGGGAUGCUUAGGCAAAUGACUCAUACUUCACAUCUUAGAUUGGAAAGAAAUAGUAGAUGAGUGGGUCAAGGCCACAGCUAUUGUAGGAUCAGAAGGCAUUCCAGAUUCUGUAAAUCCAUCAGUUGUUUAUGAAGAGGAAGGACUUCCAUCACCUCCUAUGGACGAAGGAGCUUUCUUGGUAGCUUCAACGGGUUCAAUUGAACUCUCACAGUUCUUUGAUGGCAUGAUUGAUAUCGGAAAUCCUCCACAAAAUGGGCAAAAUGAACCCACUGUGAAGCCAAGUAGACCGGUAGCCGCUGAUUCUGGUCCUGGCAGACCACCAAAAUCAAGCAUGCAGCCAAAAAGCAAUGUCGAGCCAAAGGCAGGGGAAGAAGUAGAGAAUGGUACAGUCACAAUGAAGCCUCCGGUCGACCAGCAAGCUAAAUCGAAGUACUUAGAGGAAGUUGCUGCGAGGAUAGAAGCCGCUAAGAAGAAUCUUCGGGAGAAAAGAGAUGGAGGAGCCGAAAAGAGGAAUGCUAGGGGCAGCAAUUUUGAUGUUUUGUAACCAUCAAUUAGUCAUCAAUAUUGUUUUUAAUGGUGUGAGAUCACUCACUUUUAUUUUGAUAGUUAAGUGCUGGCCGGAAAACACAAAAGUUGCUGCUCCCUAAACUUUAACAGCCGAAAAUGUUAAGAGGCAACGAACUAUACAACAAAUGGAAUUAGAUGAUCUCCUAAAGCAAGGAGCUGGCCAGCGAAAUCCUCAUUUCAAAGCCGGAAACCAUAACCGGCACUGGGGAUACGAGGGACGGGUGUACCCAGAGCCGGGGGUGGGGGGGCGCAAGUAGCCCCACUACCAUUUUUAAAAAGUGUUAAAAAGUAUAUAUGUAUAUUGUAUAUAGAUUUAUGCACUCAUUAUAAAAUUAUGUUUGCUUCCAUAUAAAAUAAAAAAUUAUUUUCCAU